AAUAAACAUCUGAUCUGACCUGCUGAGUUCUGAAGUCUGCGUGUGAGCCUGGCGCGGGUAUAGGGGGAAGGAAGCAGAGGCCUUGGAUCAGGACUUGGGGGCCGGGCUCACACGCCCAUGUAUACGUGUGCAGAUGGAGGCCAGAGGAGACCCAAGGGAGUUUUUCCCAAACAGGAAGGGACACCCAACCCCACGUGCUUAAGUUUUAAUAAGCUCCGCCUCCUUCCUCAAGCCCUGCACCUGCCCUCCUGCCUCCGGCGGUCUUCCCAAAGCCAGGCUUUAUCCGCUCUCCACCCCCGCCCUGGAUGGAACCUGCCCUCGCUAAAGGCCUUGACCUCUGGUCUCUGCUCCAGCGCCCUCUGUCUAGUCUAGAGCUCUUAACUGUCUCCUGUCCGAGUUCCUCCCUUCCCUCCAGCGGGACUACUAGCUCCAUUUCACAAAUGAGGAAACUGAGGUUCGGCUCGGCCAUAUCACUUGCUCUAGGGUCCUCAGGGCUGGCCAACCCCACAGCCCAGGUUCUUGGCUACCACUGAACAGCUGCCUUCUUGCCAGGGUCCACUCCUUUUGGAGAAACAAAGCACACAGUAGGAGUUUCCCAAGACUCAGUCCCGGAAUGGAGGGAGGGCAGGAGAUGUAAGGUCUCGGCUCCAGUUCACGGAGGAGAUAAAAUGCAGGCAGGUGGGGUGUCUCAUGCGCUCCCACCUCCGUUCGCAUGCCCAUCUCUCCAUUUUCUCCCAUCUAAACGGUUCUCUUCGGCCGCAAACGCGGAGCCACGCCCCCAUCUGUUUCUGCCUCCGCGCGGUGCUUUCUGACCCCAGCGGCCUCCGUAACCCCGCCUACCAGGGAAACGGGCCCGGAACGCCGACACCGCCCUCGCCGGCAUGAAGCCUCCGCAGCGGCGGCGAGCGGCCCCGGCGCGCUACCUGGGUGAGGUGACCGGCCCCGCGGCCUGGAGCGCCCGCGAGAAGCGGCAGCUGCUACGACUACUGCAGGCGCGGCAGGGCCAGCCGGAGCCGGACGCCGCUGAGCUGGCCCGGGAGCUGCCGGGCCGCAGCGAGGCGGAGAUCCGGGACUUCCUGCGGCAGCUCAAGGGCCGCGUGGUCCGGGAGGCCAUUCAGAGGGUGCAUCCCGGUGGCCCGCAGGGUCCGAGGCGCCGGGAAACACAGACCCCGGCCCCCAUCGAGGUAUGGAUGGAUCUGGCUGAGAAGAUAACAGGCCCGCUGGAGGAGGCCCUGACUGUGGCUUUCUCACAGGUACUCACCAUCGCGGCCACCGAGCCCGUCAGCCUCCUGCACUCCAAGCCCCCCAAGCCCACACAGGCGCGUGGGAAGCUACUGCUGCUCAGUGCCCCUGGAGGGCGGGAGGACUCCAGCCCGGACACCGCGGGCCCCGCCCCUAAGGCGAAUGGCCCCGCCCCCGAGGCACCUUCUGCAUCCCUGGCUGAGCCCUCGGUGGAAGGGGACUUCUCCGUGGACUUUGAGAAGAUCUACAAGUAUCUGUCGUCUGUCUCCCGCAGCUGCCAUGGCCCUGAGCUUUCUGCAGCUGAGGCAGCGGUGGUCCUCGACCUGCUCUUGGCACUUCCCGAGGAGCUCCUCCGCCUGCCCUGCAAUGCCCUGGUUAAACACAUGUCGGAUAUGUACGUGCACCUGACAGGCCCUCAGCCGGACCCAGCCAUGGAGGGCCUGGCGCCCGGAGCUGAGGAUGCCGGGACAAGCUCCCAGGGGCGAGAGGAGGCCAGCCAGGCCGUGCCCCUGGCUCCGGAGAAUGCCGGGCCCAGUGAACCAAGGUCUGCUUGGCAAGCAGCUGGGAUCUGCCCCCUGAACCCAUUCCUGGUGCCCCUGGAAUUUCUGGGCCAGGCAGCCAGCCCUGCGAGGUGAAGGCCUGGCAGGUGGAAGACACACCAGACAUUUGUGAGCCCCCUGGCCCUCCGUCCUGCCCGGGCUGGUCCUGGGUUGUCAGGAGGACCCAGCCACGGUGGAAGGUCCCUGACAUGGUGGGCAGCAGGGGGUGGCCUUGAAGAGGACCGACACGGCAGGGGUCCCUGAAACAGAAGCACAGUUGCACAGGGGUUUGGCCAUGGAACUGAGGUGGGGGCAGCCAGUCCCCCUCCCCCCAGCUCCUGUCCCUUCCAACAUUCUGUAUCCUAUGUCCUGUGAGUAAAGUUCUUGCCAA